CAACUACACUUAGACACACACCACACAACGGAUCCUUCACUUGACAACUUGGUGAUCAAGAGAGAAGUGGCAUAUAAGGGCUAGGAGCAAGAAGUUCGGUAGAUAUUCUCCUGUAAAGUCCCUUAGCAUCAGUCGAAAUGUUCAAGAACACAUUUCAAAGUGGAUUCUUAUCCAUACUUUAUAGUAUUGGAAGCAAGCCUCUACAAAUAUGGGACAAAAAGGUCCGAAAUGGGCAUAUCAAGCGUAUCACAGACAACGACAUCCAGUCACUAGUCUUAGAAAUUGUUGGGACAAAUGUCAGUACAACCUACAUCACCUGUCCAGCAGACCCAAAGAAGACCCUGGGUAUCAAGCUUCCUUUCUUAGUGAUGAUCAUCAAGAACUUGAAGAAAUAUUUUACAUUUGAAGUUCAGGUAUUAGAUGACAAGAAUGUAAGGAGGCGCUUCAGGGCUAGCAAUUACCAAAGCACCACAAGGGUGAAACCCUUCAUCUGCACGAUGCCCAUGAGAUUGGAUGAUGGCUGGAACCAGAUCCAGUUCAACUUGUCAGACUUCACCAGGAGAGCCUAUGGAACGAACUACAUUGAAACUCUUAGAGUACAAAUCCAUGCCAACUGCCGUAUUCGUCGAGUGUACUUCUCUGACAGACUGUAUUCCGAGGAUGAAUUACCAGCAGAAUUCAAACUUUACCUCCCCGUUCAAAACAGCAAGAAAUAACAAGCCCGACCUUGGAAGUAACUCAUCAUUGUAAAUAUCUAUAUGUUACUACUCAAACUGAUCACAAUGGAACUACAAUGUACAAAGGAUUCUUGGAGCCAAUGCAAAUGCCAUUGUGCUUGGCUAAUAUACAUUUUAAGUUACACAUAUCUCGGGGAAUAUUUGUUGAGAAUAAAUGUGUCACAGAGGAGUGCAUUGUUGAACACAAAACAACUGUAAUGAAACAAAACAGGAUAAUACUUUUUUCGAAAGGACACUGUCCUUUUUAGGCAGUGACAAUUGGCAUGUUAAAUUAUUUCGCUGCACACAACCACCACUGUGAAGAAUUUGGGACAGCUGAACCUCAGUUCAUACUUGGCGUGGCGCAGCAAGCAAGAUACAGACCCAUAUUGGUGACAACAGUAGUAAUAGAAGCCUAUUUUGUCGGUUCAAGUUUGGGGACAGUUAAAACAUUUUGUUUCAUCUGUAUAAAUUUUUCAUGGAUUUUAUAUUGUUUACAGUGAAACACAGAUUGAGUUGUUGGGACCUGUUGCAAUAUGCCAACACAGUAGUCCCUGUUAUCUAUUUGCUUGAAGCUUCCCAGCUCCUCAUUCUGCUUGUUCGUUAAGGAUUGAUUGUGUACAGACUGCCCUGCCCAGUAGGCAUGAUGUAUCUGCAUUUGGAGGAAAUGUCAAUAUUGAAUUGUAAAUACCACUUCCAUAGUAAUAAAAUGUUCUAUUGCCAUAAUUA